AGGCAGAUUUAAGGCAAGGCGUUAAACCUGAAAAUUGUGCGCUUACUUGUUGCACUUGAUAUCAAAUCAUAUCAACAUUUCUUCUUAACACGUGCUUAGAGAUAUGACUUCAACAGCGUUGUUAAUACUUUCUGACGGAGCAGAAGAAAUCGAGGCAGUAACGGUCGCUGACGUUCUUUCCAGAGCUGGUGUUCAGGUAACAAUUGGUGGACUUCAGGGCGAAGGAGUCGUUAAAGCAAGUAAUGGAGUCUGCAUCAAACCGAGUGUAGCACUUUCUAGCGUGUCAGCACAGCUCUUUGACUUGGUUGUUAUGCCAGGUGGAAUGGGUGGUUCUAAAGCCAUGGCAGAAUCCAAGUUGGUUGGCCAAAUACUGAAAGACCAUGAGAAAAAUGACAAAUACAUAGCAGCAAUUUGUGCUGCACCUAUCGCGCUAGAAGCUCAUGGAAUUUGCAAAGGGAAGAAAUUGACAUCCUAUCCGGGUUUCAAAGAAAAGCUACCAAGUUAUACGUACAGUGAAGACAAAGUCGUCGUCGAUGGUAAACUUGUUACUAGCCGAGGACCAGGAACGGCAUUUGCUUUUGCCAUGAAGCUAGUGGAACUUUUGUGUGGAGAAACUAAAGCUCAAAAUCUCACGAAAGGAAUGCUUGUUACACUUUAAACUAUCGAAAUCAUCCGGUGUGUUUAA